AUGGUUGUAGAAGGAACUAAAAAGCCUAAAGUUUCAGCGUCCGUGGUAGCACCACCUCGCAAAAUCAAUGUGCAGAAGUUUACAGAAUCCCGUGCUCCUGAGCUUCAUAGCCUUCAGUGUAUUGUUGAAAAUAGGCUAAGCAAUGAUUAUAAGUCUCAAAGGAACAAGAGAAGAAGAACAACAUCAUUUAAUGACCAAAUUGCAAGAAAGGGGCAUAGAAGAAAGAGACAGAAACUGGGAAUAGUUGAUAAAGUUGACGCUGAAUCAGUUUUGAAUAAGGAGUCUCUAAUGCAGCUUCCUCGACGUGUUCUUCGAAGAUAUGAACUUAAGAGUAACCCUGAGAGUGGCCUUUGUACUUUUGGAGAUGGAACCAAGAGGCUGAGAACACAUGUUUGGCAUGCAAAGCGAUUUUCCAUGACCAAAUUGUGGGGUUACCACCUUCCUCUGGGUCUUCAUGGAAGAGGGAAAGGAUCGAGGGCGUUGUUGAGAAAGCUCAAACAAGGGGUGCUGGUACACGAUGCGAGUUAUUACUCUGCUGUUCAAUUGGAGGGUCCAGAGAAUUCGUUAGUUUCAGUAUUAAGAAUGGUACUUGUGCCCACUCCCAUAGAAGCAAGACAUCCCAGAAAUCACAGUGACUUUGUUCUUUCUAGUAUAACCUAUGGAACUGCAAUGCUUCAUCAAGUUGGAGCACCAGUUUCUCAGGCAAUUGCUCCUGUAACUUAUAUGUGGCGACCAACUGAUGUUGAUUUAUGUGAAAAGUCAGAAAGAUUGGACUGUAGUUCUUCUUCUAGGCACCUUUGGGUGUGGAUACACGCAACUGCAUUUGAAGAAGGAUAUGAUAAUCUAAAACUUGCUUGCCAAGAAGAGGUUUAUUUUCUUCUUUAG